UCAACGUGUUCUUCAACACCAACCUUUUGGGACUUUUCAACUUGAGACAUGUUUGUAGAGAGAAAGAAAAGAGAAAAAGGAGAAAACCUUGUUUUCCUUAAAAAAAUUUACUUUAUAUUUUGGGUGGCUUCCAAAUUUAUAAAAUAUAUAUAUAUACUAUGACCCAUUCUAAUAAUAUUCUUGUGACAGCACCUGGAAAAGUCAUUCUUUUUGGUGAACAUGCUGUGGUCUAUCAAAAAGUAAGAAAAAAAAAUAUAAUGAUGAAUUCACCAAGAUGAUAACCAUUAUUCCACUUUUCUUUUUCUUAAAGCAUGCUGUGGCUGCUUCCUUAGGUCUUCGUACUCAUUUAUAUAUUGAAAGAACUCAAGAUAGUAUUUUCUCUUUGGACUUAUCUGAUGUCGCAGUAUCUUGUCAAUGGUCAUUAUCUGACUUCCCAUGGGACCUUGCUCAAGUUGAAAAUGAUGACCAUCAUCCCAUCAACGAUAUGACACCAACAUUGAAAAAAAGAUUACAAGAAUUGGCCGGUGAUUAUACAAACCCAGCCCAAGAAAAAGCAUUGAUGGCUUUCCUCUAUUUGGUGAUGACACUAGUUUCUCCUUUACAAGAAAAAACUGGCUUCAAGAUUUGUUGCCGAUCCUUUUUACCGGUGGGUGCAGGGUUAGGAAGUUCGGCUAGCUACUCCGUUGUGUUAGCAACUGCUCUUUUGAUUACUUUCGGUUAUAUUCCCGUGGAUUUUGCUUCUUCCAGUGACAAGAUUCAAUAUCUUGAAACUAUCAACCGAUAUGCAUUCAAGGCUGAACAAGUGAUCCAUGGUAAUCCAAGUGGUGUGGAUAAUGCUGUCGCUGCUUUUGGUGGUGCCAAAACAUUCUUGAAAGGAAAAGGAUUCUCAACUUUGGAAGGAUUCAAGUCUUUACGAUUAUUAUUGACAAAUACCAAGGUACCCCGUUCAACUAGUGCUCUUGUUGAAUUUGCAGCAAACAGAAAAGCAAAAUACCCUCAUGUGAUUGAUCCUAUCAUGGACGCUAUAGAUGGUGUGUCAAUUCGGUGCAAAGAUGCUUUUUUGGAAUAUCAAAACGGAACUAUGGAUUCACUUUCUCUUGUGACCGAAUUGGAGGAACUCGUCGACAUGAAUCAUUGUUUAUUGUAUGCUCUUGGUGUGACUCAUCCAAGCCUAGAAAAAAUCCGACGUAUCACUGCUUCGCAUGGUUUGAUUACAAAAUUGACAGGUGCUGGUGGUGGUGGCUGUGCUGUUACUAUUAUUCGGGAUGAUGUCGAUCAAGAAACAAUCACUAAAGUGAUGGAAUUGCUAGAAAAGGAAGGAUUCGAUUGUUAUCAAACAUCUGUUGGUGGUACUGGUGUAGAGGCUGUCACUUUGACUCCUGCUGAAGAUAUAGAAUGGAUGAUCAAUGCCGAUAAAGAAACUCUAGAAAACAAAUUUCUUUAAUUGAUAGUUUACAUUUAUUUCAUUUAAUUUAUUUAUCUUCUCUAUACUUUUUUUUUUUUUUUACCCUUUACUAUUAUACAAUGGAUCAAGUUUUUGCUCAUACAAC